GAAGCUCGCAGCAGCAGCUUUUGAACAUUAAAAGAAGCUAAAAGCUAACUGUUCAUGACAGUCACGUUUUCUCCUGUCAGCGUUUAACUUCACACUUCAUUCACUCGAGGUAUUGAAAGUGUUGUCAUUCGCAGUGAUUACAAAAAGUCAUGGCUGCUGAUUGGUUGGGUAGUUUGGUGUCAAUCAACUGUGGGCCAACACUGGGAGUCUAUCAGGGAGAGGUUGUAUCCGUGGACCAGUCCAGCCAGACCAUCUCCUUAAGACAACCCUUCCAUAAUGGAGUCAAGUGUCCUGUUCCCGAGGUGACAUUCAGUGCCAUUGAUAUAAAGGAACUCAAGAUUUUAGAGAUCAGAAAUGGCAAUGGUAGGAACAGCUCUUCUGUGUCUACUAAAGUAAGCAGUGCCCCAGUUGCAGUCCCAAAAGUUGACCCUCGGUCUGUGGAGAAACUUAACUCUCCUCAGCACUGCUCAAAAAGCUAUGGAGAACGUCAUCUGGAUGUUCCAGGCCAGCCGAAGGCAUUCCGUCGAAGACACAACUCCUGGUCGUCUAGUAGUAAAGGGGCAAACCAAGUGACCCCAAAAAAGAACGGGGUGAAGAAUGGUCAAAUGAAAUACAGAGACGAUGAGUGUUUCGGGGAUGGCAUGGAUGACGGGCUGGAUACAGACUUUGACUUUGAAGGAAACUUGGCUCUUUUUGACAAAGCAGCAGUUUUCUCAGAAAUAGACACAACAGAGCGCCGUAAUGGUGCAAGGUCACGUGGGACACCUCAAGAGCAGACGCCCUCAAGGUAUCGUCAUGAUGAAAACAUUCUGGAAGCCAAACCUAUUGUGUACAGACAGAUCACCGUACCUCAGCCUGGGGCUAAGGAGUACUGCACUGACUCUGGGCUUGUUGUACCCAGCAUAACCUAUGAAUUACACAAGAGACUGUUGUCAGUUGCUGAGCGCCUUGGUCUCUCACUGGAGCGAAGACUUGAGAUGACUGGAGUUUGUGCAAGUCAGAUGGCACUUACAUUGCUGGGUGGGCCCAAUAGAUUCACUCCAAAAAACUUACACCAGCGUCCCACAGUGGCUCUCCUGUGUGGCCCUCAUGUUCAGGGAGCUCAGGGCAUCAGCUGUGGUCGUCACCUGGCCAAUCAUGAAGUGGAAGUUAUCCUGUUUCUCCCAAAUUUUGUCAAGAUGCUUGAAUCAGUGACCAGUGAGCUAACACUCUUUAACAAAACUGGCGGCAAACAGGUGUCGAGUAUCAAAGACCUUCCAGACACCCCAGUGGACCUCAUCAUUAACUGCCUGGACUGCCAUGAGAACACAUUCCUGAUGGAUCAGCCUUGGUACCGAGCAGCGGCUGACUGGGCAAACCAGAAUCGAGCACCAGUGCUUAACUUAGACCCUCCUUGUAGUGGACAGGGGCAGACAGUGGAGGCCAAAUGGUCCCUCUCUCUAUGUCUCCCCCUUCCCCUGGCUGAAGGGGCUGGCAGUAUUUACCUGUGUGACAUUGGUAUCCCUCGACAGGUGUUCCAGGAAGUGGGAAUUAAGUAUAUUUCUCCUUUUGGCUGCAAAUUUGUCAUCCCUUUGCACUCUGCCCAGUGUGACUAAUAGUCAACACGACAGAUUGAAUCUCUCACCCUCCAUUACCAUGUUGGUUUUGGCGCCUUAUUGUAUAUCCCAGAGCUUGAGCUUAAGCUUCAGUUCAUCCAUUAAGUUUCUGACCCUUUAACAUGUGAACGGGACUUUUCCCCUUGUACUGAAGGAUCAUUGUUUGGUACAUUAGUCCUAAGAGGACUAAGUACAUGUUGCUUUAUUGACCAUCAGAGUCUUCAGCAGUUAAGCACAUACCAUUAUGUUGACAUUGUCAUUCAGUAAAUAAUAUUACAAGAUAUUUGAGAACAUGUUUCUUAUAUACAACUUAAAUCUUAAAAAAAAGAUUAACAUAAGGAUUAGAUUUAAAUUGAAUAGGGCAAUUUUUGACCCAUAAUGUAAAUUUCUGAAUGUCACUUGUCACAUGACAAUGCAAUAUCACACCAAUCCAGCUGACAUUGCUGUAAGCAUUGCUAAAGGCUUUGAGCCUGCCAUAUUCUGCGGAACUCACUUAUUGUUAUCUAAUGUUUUUAUAGGCUAGAAAGAAUUUAUCAUACACAUGAGAGUUGCUGUGUUUUCAAACUGAGCCAGUGUUGACAUGGGCAGCUACUGAGGGAACAUCUAUAUAUCAAUGAUGUUCUUCCAUGAAGAAUACGGCUGUGAUAACGGCUCUGAUAAGAUGACACAUCACGUCAAUCAAUUAGACAUUUUGCCUUUCAGUGGAUUAAAAGGUUUGAAACCAAAAUGUUAUAAAACAUAGAGCUGAUGUCAUGACAUAAUGUCAUGCCUUGCCUCUUGUCCACUCAUUUCUGCAAAGCAAGGUCAUGUUAAAUUCAGCCACUUUUUCAGUCGUCUCUCUGAAACCUGAAGCAUGUUUCUGAAGUUUUCCAGCAACAGAAUCCUUCCAUUAACACAGAACAUACUUUGUGAGCAUAAAUAACUGAACUCCCCAUGAAGAAACUAUAAGUGAUGUCGUUUUUUUCUUCAUCAUCCAUUAAAGUUCUAGGUCUCCCUCAAAAUGGUGCUCGGCUGCUGAAAAACAAAUAUUGAACAAUCAAUAAAAUUAGGAUUAAGAAGAAGAUUCUUUUUUUUAAAACGUGAAGCGAGCUAAUCUAUAAACUGCUCAGAAAGAAACAAUCUUUUCUCAUUGGAGUUGGGACAAACAGUGAGCCUUUGAAUGAGGUCUUCGUGUGGAACUGAUGUGGACUCUUCUGGUUUCAUUUCAGCUCUAUCGUGUUACACUGAAGACCAUGUCGACCAGAGUUUUACCAAGUUUCAGCUCAUUUAUAAAUCAAUGUUUCUGCUGAUCUCUCUGUAAUGCCCAUCAAAGUUUUCUGAUUAUUUUCUGAUAUUUUCUUGGUUUCCAGUUAUUACAGUUUUAUAUUACGUGAAUUACAGUAAGCAUCCUGCCUGCAGUAGUUUUGGUCAGUGUUAACCUUAUUGUGUAGUUAUGCUGUAGUUUAAUCUCGGGUUUCAAAAGUCUGCACUGAAUGAAUGCUCACUUGGCAUUGUCUGUGAUGGACUCAAGUUAAAACUGCAUAGCUUUUUAGAUUGAAUGGAAAUGGCCUUGAACCACUGGUGCAUGGUCCUUGUAUAAGUGUCAAAGUGUAUGAUUCAGUUUUGAACCUUCUGAUUUGAAUGUUAACAGAUAUUCUUUUUUUUUUUUUUUUCCAAGCGUGUCUGUUUACAAAACAAGCUGCAUUUCCAGAGUAUGCUCGGUUUAUGUGAAACUAAUUUGAAUGAUUUUGAUUUGAUCAAGAUGCACCUCUCACACUGAGCACCCUGUUUAAUCCAGUCACACAGGGUCUGUUUUGUUGUCAUGUAUCUAGUGGUGUCUUUCAGCAAGCCUGUUUGUGUACUUGCCAGAACGGAACACACUAAUGCAUUGACUGUGAAUUCAUGUUGUGCUGAUUAUUUCUGUGCUUAUUGAGGCCUUGUCAGCGGUGUUAUAGGCAUUUCUUCUGCCUGUCUUUAAUAUUUUAAUGUGAUGAGAGCAGCCACAGUUGUCAAGCUGACGUAUCCUUAUGUGAUGUUCAUAUUGAGCACAUGAAGGGACCUUUAAUCUUGUAUCGUUCGGUCAGUAUAAAAGGAUACACAUCAUCUUUAAGAUGUGGUAUUUUGCGCACACAAGCGUUUUAACGUCUUGAAAGUUAACACAGGUUUUGUCCUUUCGUCAACAUUCCUCUGGCCUGAUGUGUGUGCCUCUCAGCUGUUGAGACAAGUCUGGCCUGGAAACAGCAGCCAGCAUUUCUGAAUGUGAUGAAAAAAAAGUUGUUUUUGACCACCAGGGGGCCAAUGGGGCAUGAGGCCACACUUCAGCUGACUGUUCCUUGUUCUGCUGUAAUGUCAGCUCUCAUGUACCUAACACAAUUUCCUCAGAGCGAAGUGUUGUUUCUUUACGAAAUGUGAACAGUCACAAACCACGUGGUGGUCCGGUAUGUGUGGCCGUAAAGUAAAGUUGUUUAAAAGCAGGUUAUGCAUCAUGGAGAUAAAGAGUGGCCUUUGUGUUCAAAACUCUUAAGAUCUGCAUUGAAGUGUGUGAAGUCAAGAGACAUCUCAUUUGACAGUUCAGUCAGUGUUGGAGGUUUAGUCUGAACAGCACAACUGUUUCCUUUUAGGGGCGAAGUUAAAAAAUAAAAUAAAAAAUAAAAAAAAGA